CUAAUCUCUCUUCUCUUCCUUUUUCUCACAAUAUUCAACAUCAAAAUGGCUAAUAUUUCUGCAUACUCAGCCAUUUCUCUUCUCUUCUGUGUCCUUAACCUUUGCCUUAGAGGCACUUUUGGUGACAAUGGAGGAUGGCAAGGUGGCCAUGCUACAUUCUAUGGAGGUGGUGAUGCUUCUGGCACAAUGGGAGGUGCUUGUGGGUAUGGAAAUUUAUACAGCCAAGGAUAUGGAACCAACACUGCAGCACUAAGCACAGCUCUGUUCAACAAUGGUUUGAGCUGUGGGUCUUGCUAUGAGAUGAGAUGUGACAGUGACCCAAAAUGGUGUCUACCUGGUAGUAUCUUAGUCACUGCUACAAACUUUUGUCCCCCUAACUUUGCCUUGUCAAACGACAAUGGUGGGUGGUGCAAUCCUCCUCUCCAGCACUUUGAUUUGGCUGAGCCUGCUUUCUUGCAAAUUGCUCAAUACAAAGCUGGAAUUGUUCCCAUUUCAUUCAGAAGAGUACCCUGUGUGAAGAAAGGAGGAGUAAGGUUCACCAUCAACGGCCACUCCUACUUCAACUUGGUUUUGAUCACAAAUGUUGGAGGUGCAGGAGAUGUUCAUUCUGUGUCAAUCAAAGGUUCUAAGACUGGUUGGCAAACCAUGUCAAGGAACUGGGGACAGAACUGGCAGAGCAAUUCAUAUCUCAAUGGCCAAAGCCUCUCCUUCCAAGUCACAACCAGUGAUGGAAGAACUCUCACUAGCUACAAUGUUGUACCAGCAAAUUGGCAGUUUGGACAAACCUUUGCGGGUAGCCAAUUCUAGAAGUGGGUUUUUAUU